GCCGCCGCUGUGGGGGGUGGUUUGCUCUUCAUCGUCCGCUGCUUGUCUUCCGUAGCCAGGAAAGCCGCGCUGGCUAAGAUGCCGGCCGGCGGCCCGAUGGAAGGCAAGACGGCCAUCAUCACCGGGGCCAACAGCGGCUUGGGGAGGGCCACGGCGGCCGAGCUGCUACGGCAAGGCGCGAGGGUCAUCAUGGCCUGCCGGGACUGCGGCCGCGCGGAGGAGGCCGCGCGCGAGCUCCGCGCCGAAGUCGGCCUCUGCUCGCGCGGCGGGGGCGAGUGCCGCGGGGAGCUGGUGGUGCACGAGCUCGACCUGGCUUCGCUCCGCUCCGUGCGCAGCUUCUGCCAGCAGGUGCUGCAGGAAGAGCCAAGACUGGAUGUCCUGAUCAACAAUGCCGGGAUAUUCCAGUGUCCUUAUAUGAAGACAGAGGAUGGUUUUGAGAUGCAGUUUGGCGUCAAUCACUUAGGUCACUUUUUGCUCACAAAUCUUCUCCUGAGUCUUCUAAAAAGUUCUGCUCCCAGUAGGAUUGUAGUGGUAUCCUCCAAGCUUUACAAACAUGGAGAAAUCAACUUUGACGACUUAAACAGCGAACUAAGUUAUAACAAAAGCUUUGCCUAUAGCCGAAGUAAACUGGCCAACAUAUUGUUUACCAGGGAGUUAGCCCGACGCAUACAAAACACAGGUGUCACUGUGAAUGUAUUACAUCCUGGUAUUGUCAGAACAAAUCUAGGUCGGUACGUACAUAUUCCUUUAUUAGCCAAGCCCCUUUUCAAUUUGGUAUCUUGGGCAUUCUUCAAGUCUCCGUCAGAAGGAGCCCAGACCAUCGUUUAUCUGUCCACUUCUCCUGAAGUAGAGGGCGUAUCUGGGAAAUAUUUUGCGACUGCAAGGAGGAGCAGUUGUUGCCCAAGGCCACAGAUGACUUGGUGGCAAGAAAAAUGUGGGAUAUCAGUGAGGUGAUGGUGGGGUUAUUAAAAUAACCUAGAAGAAGCACUUUAUUGAAACGAUGGUCAGAGCUAUUUUGGAGACUUCCGUUAUUUUCCUCGGACUUUAUCCCCUCGGUUUUAGAGACACUUAUUUUGGGAUUCAGAGCAGUCUGUGUCGAUUCUUGAUUCUUUCCACUUUAAAAGAAAAUGUCCAUAGAAAGAAAACAUAAUAUAUAAUGAAAAGAGUUAAGAGUAUAAGAAAAAUGUUAAUAUAUUUCAAGAGAUAUAGAUAUAACUUUUCUGUGAAAAUAUGGGGAGUGGGGGAGGAAGAAUGGCUAUUUUCAAAUUGUGUGCUCAGAGUUCAGUGCUUCGUACCUGAAUUAGCUGUGCAUGGUGCUAUAUUUGAAAUGUGUUGCAGCAAUGUUCUAUUAAAGAAAAACAACAACAA